ACGGGACGUCUCGAUAGCUGUCAACGUCGGGGGUGUUCGUUUUCAAGCGUCUUCGUUCAUUCUCUCGAUAUGCGAUAUGAGUCUGUCCCACCCCACCCCCAGCCAGCCAACACCAUUAUCGCUUCAUGCACCCAUGCAUCCAUCAACCAAGAGAUUCUCCUCUCGAGCAUCAUCCCGCAAGACAGACAGACAGCCACAGAGACAGCCUGACAACUGACCCCACUCUCACAAGUAACCCGCCCCACCCAUCCGUUUCUCUCUGCUCCGCCCACCCACCCAUCCAGUGAGUCAGUUAAUGCCAAGCGACACCCACUGGCCCCCCUCGUCGAUGCGGCCCAGCUGCUGCCACCCACCAAACUCACAGUCGUCAUUGCCCAGAUGAGUGUUGAAGCCCUUGUCGAUGGCCCCCUCCUCUAUGCCGUGUCGGGCCGCCUCGUCCAGCUGGGCCCUGUGGACCACCUCACGCAGCCCCAGCCGCCUGUGGCCACCAUAAUGCCCUCCGUUGACAGCGAAGCACUGCAGCGGCACCCGCACCAUCUGGCCGCCCAUAUUGGCCAUGCCGCCCACCACCUCCCUGUUGCUGCUGGCCUCGAACACAGCCGACUUGACAAAGUGCUCCGCUGCUGCCGUUACGCGACGGGCGAGUGUGCUGUUGCGGAUGCCAAUGCUGCCGCUGAUGGCCUCACUGGCAGCGUCUUGGUCGAAGCACAUGGCGGCGAUCUUCCAGCCGAUGGCCUCUGCCUCGUGUGGGCCAUAGCCAGGGGGGGCGGGGAGGAGGGGGGCGGCGGGCGGAUUGGCAGGAGUGGUGCCAGUGUGAGGGGGCUGCAGCAGGUGGGGCAGGAGGGCGGGCAGGGACUUCAUGAGGAACGCCGCGAGGCCACGUUGAGGCCGCAUGGCGGCAUUCACCGCUGCAAUCGUCGUAGUGGGCAGCUCGUUGAGCACUGUUGUGUACUGGGGCAGCACCAGCUGACGGCAUUGACGCUCCUUGUCGGUGGCUGUGGGCAUGCGGUCGAUGUCCGCCCCGCUUCUCAGGAGUGUGCGGAUGACCGCCUCGUAGAGGGGAAUCUCGCUGGUGGCUGUGUCCCUGGUGAGCUGAGGCAUGGUGUCAUCUUGGGAGGCCUGAACCGCCCAAUCGAGCCCUGAGCCGGCGAAGACGAGCGGCGUCUUAUUGGGGUCAAGCGGCAUUCCUUUGUUGAUCUCCGCUGGUGGCGCGUGGCGGCACAGGAAGUCGGCAACGCAGGGAGAGGGGACCCGUGCCGCCAGGUGCAGGGGCGUCCAUCCGUGGCGGCCUUGUGCGGUUAGGCUGGCGCCAUUGGCCACCAGCAGGUCCAGGUAGGCAUCAACGAAGGCCUGGGAAUAUUGCCCCAUCUCGCGGCAGGCCGCGUCGUGCACCAGAUUGCAGCCGAGGCCGUCACCUCCUUGUUCCGUUGCGAGUGUGGCGUCGUUCUGGAUGAGCCGCCGAUAGAUCGAUAACAGCCGCCGCUCGUAGUCGAGGGGCACCCGACGGCCAAUUCGGGCGGCAAUGGCAUCGGGCAGCGACAUGACGAAGCUAUCGAAGUCGUCGACUUCUUGGCGGACAGCAGCGCCGCGCGCCAACAGGACACUGACGGCCUCAUCAUUGCCUCCACAGAUCGCCACCCUCAUCGGCCUUGAGGCAGCGUCGACCGCCAAGCCGAUGUCGGCGCCGCCAUCGAUCUGUGACAUCACAGACACAGACAACACUGGAUGGGCGUCUGUAAGGUCGUGAGUCUCUGGUAUCUGCUGACCAGGGCGUUGAUGAUGGCCGCUUCCAACUGGCGGGACGGCCAUUGGGGAAGACUGAUUGGAUGAGCACGCCAUUCGUUGUCAAUCGCCCAGCGGGACGUCAUGGCGAUGCCGCUUAAAUCAUCGAUAGCCAGCGACAGCAGCCGAUACGCCAUCCCACGUGAACAGCCCCGCGCCCGCAGCCCUGGAAGACUUUUCGCGUCGGCCCCAUCGUGCUGAAUCAGCUGUUUCACUUCCUGCUCGUCAGCGAAGGCCCGACAGAUGAUGCCGCCGCCCAGCCUUCUCGUGGCCUCGCUGGUGCCCGGGGCGUACAUGACGUCAACGUCCUCCAGACGGUACCCGGUGGCAUCAGGCCGCCGCUGGCCUUGUGCACCGGCAGCCAUCAGCACGGCGCUCUACAUGCAUCGCCACACGUGGCACAGGGAGUAUGGGAUUUCUGGCCUCUCAUUCUCUCGUGUCCGCUGCCCACCUCAAGGCUGGCCUCAAGGUUGCCUCAAGGAGUGAUGCAAGUCACGCAAAGCCCGCUUUGCUGUCCACCAUCGCCAUAACUCGUGACUGUAUUGCACGCAGUGGCC